GGUAAAGCACGCCAUUUCAUCCCUUCCAAAUCCGGCGCUCAGGGCUCCGUAUUCAAGCCCCAUAAAACGGAUCUCGGUUCAGCCUGACCCACACUGUUGAUCUUAUUCGCGUUCACUCCCAGAGUUCCAAGACGUCUUCUCUUCAAAAGCAACAUUCUUAUUCGUAGUACAAAAAGUGUGUGGUGGUUAUCAAAACAGGCCUGAACAAUCCCACUUCAUUCAUCAAUGCCGCCAAAACGAAGAUCCACAGAUUCUUCUUCCCCAAACACAGUCUCCGACCACCAAAAAAACGAGAUCCUCCUCGACAAAAGAAGACAACGCAAUGGCGACUUCAACAACGACCAAAAGCCCAUUGCAAGAAAAUCUCGUGGAAAAGAAUGCCGUUUAUGCUUCCACCUUCAACAAGGGUCAUCUUGAGCUUCCACCCUCGAAGCAUUAUGCUGUUCUAACAUGCAUGGAUGCACGGAUUGACCCUGCAGCGGCAUAUGGCAUCGACCUCGGCGACGCGCACGUUAUUCGCAAUGCUGGAGGCAAUGCGAUCGACGCUCUUCGCUCGCUCGUCAUCUCGCAGCAGUUACUCGGGACCAAGGAGAUCAUCCUCAUCAAGCAUACAGGAUGCGGGAUGCUGAUCUUCGACACCCCGACUGCGACAGGGCUGGUCGAGAAGAACUUGGGCGCCGCGGGUGUUGAAGGACUCAAGAAAUUCGUCGGUGGGAAAGGAGAAUUUCAAACGUUCACUGAUCUCGAAGAGGCCGUGAAGAAGGAUGUGCAGCUGCUCAAGGACAGCGAAUUGAUUCCAGACGACAUUGUCAUCUCGGGUUGGAUUUAUGAGGUUGAGACUGGAACAGUGCGAAGUGUUGUAUGAGUGAGAGGGUAGAGUGAGAGGACUGUAACGACGGAGCUGAAGAUCUCCAUG